CGGCCGGGCGCGCUCCCCGCGGGCGCCCUUGGCAGGGAGCGGCCAUGAGCGGGAGCGGCGUGAGCCGGGGCCUGGAGCUGCUGCGCUCGCUGCCCAGGGUCAGCCUGGCCAACCUAAGGCCCAACCCCGGCGCCAAAAAGCGGGAGAGAAGACGUGGCCGUGGAAGGUACGGGGGUCGGAAGUGUGGCCGAGGGCACAAAGGAGAAAGGCAAAGAGGGAAUCGGCCCCGACUGGGCUUUGAGGGUGGCCAGACUCCAUUUUACUUGGCCAUACCAAAAUAUGGAUUUAAUGAGGGACAUAGCCUCAGACGUCAGUACCAACCACUGAGUCUUCAGAGGCUGCAGUACCUGAUUGACUUGGGCAGAGUGGACCCCUCGCAGCCGAUUGACCUAACUCAGCUCACCAAUGCCAGGGGUGUGACAGUGCAGCCUCUCAAGAGGGAUUACGGUGUCCAGCUGGUGGAGGAGGGUGCUGAUAUUUUUGCAGCAAAGGUAAAUAUUGAAGUGCAGAGAGCAUCUGAAUUAGCAAUUGCAGCCAUAGAAAAAAAUGGAGGCGUAGUAACAACAUCGUUCUAUGACCCAAGGAGCUUGGAAAUUUUAAUCAAGCCAGUGGUAUUUUUCCUGCGUGGCAAACCUAUCCCGAAGCGAAUGCUCCCACCUGAAGACCUCGUCCGUUACUACACAGAUCCCAGGAAUCGGGGCUACCUGGCAGAUCCAUCCAAGGUGGCAGAAGCCAGGCUGGAACUUGCCAAGAAAUAUGGCUAUGUCUUACCAGACAUAACCAGGGAUGAACUCUUUAAGAUGUUAAGUGCACGCAAGGAUCCUAGACAGAUAUUUUUUGGUCUUGCUCCAGGAUGGAUCGUAAACCUGGCAGACAAGAAAAUUCUGAAACCAACUGAUGAGAAUCUGUUGAAAUACUACAGCUCAUGAAUUCAGGACCGGACACAAUUGCAGGUGUACAGGAAACAUCUGGGUAUGAAAUAAUGGGUAGAAGUGGUGUGUGUUUGUUUGUUUUAAGACUCCUAUUAUACUAGAAAAAACAUUUCUUUCUUCAUGUAAUCUUCUGGUGUAGCUCUCAACUUUUUUAUUGUCAUAAUAGAGUGUAUCAGAAGUCUUAACAUUUGAAAACAAUAUGGAGUCUGACAUAAAGUGUGGGUCUGGGCACUUUCUCUUCCAGUGGUUUGCCAGUUUGUUUUUUUUUUUCAGACAAAGGGUUUCGGUGUUGCAUUUGUUUCAGAGGAUAAUUCCAAAGAGUCAUUUGACCUAAUAAUUAGUUUAUAUUUCCCCCUCUCAGUUUAAAAUCGGAAACAUGACUCUACAAAACCAAAAUUAGUUUUACAGUAGUAUUGCAUAAAAUUUUUAGAUAAAGGUUCUAGAAAAUGUAUCUUGAAUAGCUCUAAGAGGUAUUUUUGGUUGGGGAAAAGUAAAAAGAAUCAGAAAUAAAAAAGUACUAAAGAUUAACCUCUUCCAUUCCAGAGCUAUAUUUUGGAUUUUGCCAUUGCCAUCAAUAGCACUAAAUCUUGAGAGAUCUUGAUUUUUCUUUGAUGUCUUCAUAUGCAAUUGAGACAGAGUGUGCAAUUCAACAUAACUUUCUAUCUAAAUUUGGGACUGGGGGGGGAAGAUAGCUGUCUUAAUUCAAUGGCCUUUAUUAGGCAGAAUUUAAAACUUGUCCUGAUACAAGUGUAAACUUAUUAAUAAAAAUGCAUAGCAGAACCCAGAGUCAAUGGAUGACAGUGACAGCAGAUUAUGAAGGAUGGGGAUGUGAUGGACGAAGUACACGGUCAGAAUUCAAUUUUCAGCUUGAUCACAGAUUGCAUGUGUGACAGUGGACAAAUUAAUUUAAAUGCUGUGAAAAGUUAUGAGCAAAUUGUGUUUAUGGGAGACAGCAUUUUAAUCACACCAAUUUGAUUAAGUCUUGAAAAAUAUUUUUCAGCAAAGGUUUGUUUUUUCAGUCUCUCCAGAAUACUGCAUUAUUACUGUGCAAGAGUAUUGUAGGUUUUGUGUGGAAGCACUGGGCAUUGUGUGGACUGGGCAUUUGAGACAGUGAGCCAGACAGUAAAGAAGGAUGAGAGGGGAGACCAAGAUGAUGUAUCACAAUGUGCUCUGGCCCCUUGGAAGUUAAUGAGCUGCUUCAUAAUUAUGUGGCUUAAUGGAAGCUGAAUUUGGCUUUAAAAUAAUUAUAAUUUGAUUAUAAGAAUGCAGGAAACAGUUCAGGAGAACAGAACAUGAGAUGUCGUUUUACUUUCCAAUUUUCAUGUGCCUUUGGAAAUGCUAUGUAGAGUUUCCUGUAGCUGCCAAACUGUCCCAUGUCAUAGGAAAAGUCCUCUGUGUGCUAGAAUCACCUCUUUCUCCUGUGUAACGUCUGUAGUUUGCUGGUAUACCUCAAUGGGGGAGGAUUUAAGAAAAAAAAUCUUCUUUUUCUUUCAGAAAAUAAAAUAAAGCGGAUGAAUUUUUGUUGGUGUUUGUCAACCAGCCUAGAUUUUUCCUUCACUCAACAACCUGCCUUAUCAAUUAAUGUGACCCUCUGUAAUCACAGAACAAAAUAAAAGAAGUCUUCUCAUUCUGAUUAAAUAAUCUGAAAUCAAGAGAUUAAGAAUAAAAAGUCACUAAAUUUUGACAACCUACUCUUCAACUUCUAUUGUUCCUUGUUAAUGUGUGUUAAAUGCUAUCAGUAAUGGUGGUUCCCCUGACCUGGGGUUUAAGUAUAGGUGAAACGUAGCAAAACAACAGCAAUAUAAAAUUGGACUAUGAAUAGCAGGAAUUUUGGUUUAGUGGCAUUAACAUUUGUAUUUUAUUAGGUGUUGAACACUUUUUUGGCACGUUAGGAAUAAUACUGUGUGCCAAAAAAAGUGCAGUUGGUGUUAACUUGAAUGUGAAGUAAAUAACUUUCUCACUUUAGAUGUAUCCUGUUCUGCAUCCUGAUGAUUGUUGGUUUGGAACCUUAAAUGACAAGCAAUACUUUUUUAUUUUUCUUUUUUUUUUCAAGUUUUUGUUAUUACAAUAACUUUACAAUAACAAUAUUACUACUGCCUCCAUUUGGGAAGGAGCUGGAGAGGGGGAAGAGUAUUUAUUGCCUUCCCUUAUUUGUGCCAUAAUGUUUCUGUUUUUAUGAAUCAAUUCACAAUUGUAUUUUGUGGAGGUGGUGGUACUCAACAGGAAAGCUACUUAACUGGAAGUGAAGAAGGAAGUUACUCAUAUUAGUGAAGACCAGAAGACAAAAGUGUUUAUGUAUCAUUGUGUAUUUUGGGGAGGAGAAGACGGGGGAAGGCAAGUUUGUUUCCAUUUCUGCUCUUUGUAUUAAAAUGAACAAAUUGCUCUCAGCAAGUUUUUUUCUGAAUCAACUUCUUUGAUACACACACGCGUACACACGCUGGUUUCUGUAGGUUUCUAAAUGGUUUUCAGGUGAAAGGGUAACUUGGAUAAAAUGAUAACAGUGAAAGAAAGAAUGAAAACAGGAAACAGAUGUCUGGUGACGUUGAGGGAUUGGAUAGCACUUAUUCAGUGGACGAUGUCUUAGUCAGAAGGCAGCUGUAUCCUGGUUCUGAUACUACAGCACUACAAAUACCUUGGAGCCAAAACAGCCACGUUCCACAAAAUCCGGUCAUUCUACUUUAUAAAGGUGAUCUUUUAUCAUCUUUUGGUUGGAGAGGGCAAAAAAGGGCUAUAUGUUCCUUUAUUUAGGAUGUGCAAUGCUUGUCUUUUUUUCUCACUUCUGUUAACAGUAGCCAGUGUUUUGUAUCAGUUGUUUGCAUUUUUAUUUACUAGUGUAAAAAGUCACAAAGCUAUAGAGGAUUUCCUGUUCAUUUUAUCUCAUCAGGAACACAAGUCUCCUAGCAACCAAAUACAGAAUUAUCAAAAGCACAAGUAAGUUAUUGACAAGGUUUCUAAUAAAUCCAUAAUAAAUAGUGUCCCAAAGGACUCUUGUUUAUAUGUCAGGCUUAAUGGGGUAAGACUAAGCCAAUCCUGGCAUCUAAACCAUUCUCAUUAGUUAGGUAUAUGGACCAUGUUUUCAUGCUCAAAUGAUAAAGGAUUGUCUUGGAGAUCCUAUUUUGACAGGGCUUUUUCAUGUGCAACAAGGUGUGACACAGCAAGAAGUACUCAAUCUGCUGUAGGUGGAAAAGUGUUAUAGGGUAGCUGAGGAAAGGAACUUUUGUGUCACAAAAUGCUGAAAGCCAUGUCAAUUUUUAUCAGCUACAUCAUACUUCUGAAUGACUACUUGAUCAAACUGAUUACUGAUGUGAGACUGCAAUCUAAAUAAAGGUCUGUAAACAUGUA